CCCUUCCUCCGCAGCGCGCCCGCGCCAUGGCCCUGCCCUGGGGAAUGCUGCUGCUGCUGCUUGGUGGGGUCCUGGCGCAGGAUGCGGCCGCGCAGGGCUGCCUCCCGCUGCCGGACGGUGAGUGCCCUCCUCCGCCCCGGGACAUCGACGGGAUCGCCACCAUGCCGCAGUACCGGCACAACGAACCCCGGUUGCGAUGCCCCCGGUGACCGCCGAGCCCCCGUUUUCCCCCCCGCAGCUCCCAACGCGGCGCUGGGGCGCCCGGCCGCCCAGUCGUCCAUCUUCCCCAACCACAGCAUCCCCGCCAACGCGGUGGACGGCAACCGGGACGGCGACUGGCGGCACGGCUCCUGCAGCCACACGCGGCGCGAGCACGAGCCCUGGUGGGCCGUGGACCUGGGCGGGCGGCACGCGGUGGCGGCGGUGCUGGUGAAGAACCGGCAGGACUGCUGCUGGCAGCGCCUGCGCGGCGCCCAGGUCCACGUCGGGGACGCGCCGGCCGAGCGCGGCCGGGACAACCCCAUGUGAGUCGGGCGGGCGAUGCCACCGGGGCCGCUCAGCACCGCCAUCCCCGCUCAGCACCGCCUCUCCUCCUGUCCCCCCGGCAGCUGCGGCGUCAUCGCCGACACUGGCCCCGGCUCGCUCAGCACCGUGUGCUGCCGGGGGCUGCAGGGCCGCUACGUCUCCAUCCUCAUCCCCGGGCGCGAGGACGCGCUGGUGCUGUGCGAGGUGGAAGUGCUGCUGCAGGGAUGCACCGCGUUGCCCGGAGGUGAGAGGCGGCCCCCGGGGCUGGGAGGACGGCACGGGGAGGGUCCCGGUGCCGGCAGCCGUCGUCCGUGCUCCCGUGGCCAUUGCAGCCCCCAACGUGGCGCGGGGC